UCGCUGCCGAUCCGUGCUGGGCCGAGCGAUCGUGCCGGAGGCAUGAUCCUUGUCGGACUUGUGCGUUCGCGCGUGCUGCAGAUUUGACGUUCAACAGGUGGUCGUGUCGCUUUGGUGGACGGGCUGGAAGGGGUUGCAGCCUGGCGCGAAGGUCGCUCGAGAGUAACUCGCGCGUGGCUAUAGACUGCCGAGGGAUCGAGCCGAGUCGCGGAAAGGGGGUUGAUCGUUGAACGGGACGGAAGUUGCGAGCGUCGGGACUCAAACUGGACAUACUCACCGCCACGUCGGGACGUACGGAGUGGAGAUGUCCGCGGGUCGCUGAGAGAAUGAGGGAGCUGGACACCGAGAGCCCUGUUGUCUGGCCGGCCUGGUGUUACACUGGUGAGGUAUCAGGUGAGAACGUGUCCGCGAGCUCUGGACCACGUGGCGGCGAUCGUGGAGAGGCGACUGAUUUAGGCACACACACGGAAAACAACGACGGGGCCACCCUGGCCGCCAACACAGCGGUCGACGCAAGGGGCGGCAGCCCCCAGGGUGCCCACCUUUCCGGUGCGGCAACCCCCAGACCGCCGAGGGGGAGGAGGCGACAGAACCAGAAUGGUCUCGACACUACUCAAGUCAAAACAGAACGCCUUACACCAGACAAUAAUUCGACGUCGUCGAGGAGCGUGACGCCCUCAUCGUCCAGCCAUCCAGGAACGCCGCCAAAUGCUACCCCUUUGGGUGGACCCGAGGGCCCACCACCACCCCAUCACCUCAAACACAUGGAGCAGAUGAUGGGACGAAAUUAUAGCGAUUUCAUGAGAAGCCUCGCUGCCAAGUACAAUAACGCCAACCCUAAUGACUACUUCAGUUCGCCCAGAAAUGGCUAUCCUCCUGGCUUAGAUCCAAGGUUUCCGGCAUUCAAAACUGCCGCCACACCAUUCGUCGGUUUGAUGGCACCCUUGGGUGCGCCGCAGCCGUCAACCGUGUCAACCACCUCGCCACUCUCCAAUAAGGACCCGAAAGAGCAGAAGCAAGAUAGUCUGUUCGGCAAUCCCAUGUUCCCACCGAUGUUGGAUAUGUCGUCCACGCAAACGCUUUUGCACAUGAUGAGGACCGCAAAUGCCGCUCAGAAUGCAGCCGAGCUGGAAACCUACCUUAAAGGUGCGAACAAAAGAGACGCGGGAGUAACGAGUCCUCUGGAUCUCUCGAGUCCAGGAGGAUUUGCCCCACGGAAGAGGCAGAGGACGGAGACUAGGAGGUCUGGAAGCGUGUCUCCGAAGCCGAAAGCAACCCCUCGACCGACCACGCCACCCCCAGUCAGGUGUCCAUCACUAUGCGGCCACAUGCCCUGCGGAGAUGGCCAAGCAGUGAAUCGAUGGACCAUCGAGGACGUCGUCAAUUACGUGUCGUCGAUCGACAUCUGCGCAGAGUACGCACAGAAUUUCCGCGAGCACCGAAUCGACGGAGCAGCGUUGCCCCUUCUCUCGGAGGACCACCUGACAGGGCCGAUGGGAAUGAAGCUAGGCCCAGCCCUGAAGCUUCGCGCCCUGCUGGCUCGGAAGCUGGGCGCCUGCACGGUCUGUUUGCACUGUGCACACUGCCAUCAGACACCUCUCCCAGCACUGAAUGCGGCCGCGGCCGCGGCAGCCGCGUCGCAGCAGCAACACCAGCAGCAACCGCAGCAGCAACAGUUGCCUGGAAGGCGGCCAAGCAGCACGGGAAACUGACAAACAAUGGCGGAGACUCCUCUGGGCCCGGAGGGCGCGCUCACGCCCUCUACGGACCUGAACAGGGCCCUCAGGAUAGAA